UACCGUAGUACGCAGGGCUUUUUCAGUUUGCCGCCAAAUUUAAUCCCAAAUUGAUGGAUCCAAAACCCUAGAAAACCAGUGAUGUUCGUUUUCUAAUUUACAGAAGCCAAAAUAGACAUGGAAAUCAAAUUGAAGUGCAGCUGCGGUCAACAGAAUUGCCCUGAAUGGGCAAUCAUCGAAUUGCAAGGUGUUGUGGAAGUUCAACCCGCUUUCCAAGAUCGCUUGCAAAAUCUCCAGAUCGGUCUUCUUUGCCGCCCUUCUUCCCAGGAAAAUUAUACCUUUACUGUUGGUUAUCAUGAAUUGAGUGGAUCAAAGAUCCCUCUGAAGAAACCAUUACUGGUGUUGAAGAAGACCAUAAAAUCUGAUAUGGAAAUAGACCAGAACGAUGAUGAUCUUAGUUCAUCAAGGGUGGAAUUGGAAGUUAUUGGUAUCAUUCGUCAGCGGAUCUUGUUCAAGACUAGACCUAAGGCUCUUAUCUCCAAACCACAGCCAACCGUGAAGGAGAAAGUAAGUGCCCCAAUUGUUCCAUUGUCGAAAAGCAGACUUGACGUUACGUGAAGAAUCUUGGACAAAGGUGCAUAUGUGACAUCGUUCAGCCACAGGUCAUGUUUUGAUCAUAUACUAGUUCUAAUAUCUUCAAAUCAACUGAAUCCAAUGUUGCUAUGUUCUUGUAAUCUUCUAUCCUUCUUCUGAAACUGGGUUAUUUUGUCAAUCCUGUUGUUGUGCACUUCAAAUUUGUACCUAUAAAUUUCUCUC